CUCAUUCCCGUUGAGGUCGUCAUCAACCUUCCAUGGGGACAGAGUCACUGGACCAGCUACGAGACGAGCUCGCAGCGACUCUUGCAAAGGAACAGUCUAUUAGGAUGUCCCUCGAGUCAUACGUCAGGCGCACGUCUUCUGCUGCCGGCGACGCACCCUCGGAGCACGAGCUGUUGACUCAACAGACCAAAACGUUGCUGCAGUUCAAACAACAAGGCGGAAUCGAGACGUUGCGCCGCCAAACCGCGCAAGUAGGUGCUGCUAUCGUGAGCGCAAACGACGUGGCAGAAAAGAUGACACGGGAAGUGCGCAAACUGGGCAAGAUUCAAGAACGAUUGAAGGCGACCGUCGAGCGAAGUGAUUGCAUGCUGCGCAUCCGUCAAAGCAUGCAGAGGUUGAAGGCAAGCAUGACGGAAAAGAACUACAUGGAUGCAGCUGCGUGUUUAAAAGAAUUGCGUGCCAUCGAAGCCAUGCACAUCCCGCUCGACGUGAGCGACACACUUCGCAUGAAUCAUGCCGAAAACGACAUUCGGUUUGCCAUCGAGAAUCAACUGGACGCCGCGCUCCACAACAAGGACACCCGAGAGCUCCUCCGUGUUGGUUCAAUCUUUGAACCGAUGCAAUUCGCCGAAGAAGGAGUUCUAAUGGUGCUCAAAUUCAUCCAGACGCAGCUCCAAACUCAGCUCGACGCCAUCGUUGGACCACCCAACGCUGUGUGGAGCGUUUCCGAACUCACGACGCAGCUCGUCCAAGUGUUCAACUGCGUUGCGGAAACCACAACUUUCUACGAACCACUCUUGGUGCAGUCAUUUCAAGCAGUCCAUGGCGCCGAACGAAUGCUGACUGCCGUGUACUUACAAGGCACCCCCCCUGCAGUGUCCAUUCUCACGGCAUACGGCAAGCAACGUGGCUUGGCAAGCCUCUUAGCAAAAGCUCGGGCGCUGGCAAAGCCGGCCCCGCCAUCCCAGCAGCAGCCAUCAACAACGCAGCCGCCAUCACCGUCCAAGUUGUCAACCUCCUCGUCGUUCAACGAUGAACUGGAUCUUCAUCCGUACCUGAAUGAGCUCGUGAUGAUGAUCCAGCACUCGCAAACGUUUGAGCGGUUCAUGCGGGGGCGGCAGACGCAUUACUUUGCCCACUCCCCCGCGACAUCCCCUCGUCACGGCACCGCCACGACCAACCACAACACGACAACAGCCUUGCCGUCGUACAACGCCAGCGCGCUCAACCAGUGUGUGCAGGACCUGGCAGGGUACUACUGCUCGCUUGAAGAGCAGUCGCUUCUGUACGCUGCGAAAAAGGCGCUGGCCCUGGAAGAGAUGCGGUCCGUCGUGUUGGAAGGCGACCAGCUCGUUCCACUCUCGUCCAUUGUAGACGAAAUCUUUUACGUGGCGAGGCUCUCUGGCGCCAGAGCACUUGCUACGGGACACGUCGACAGCGCGUGUGGCGUGCUCAAUGUAAUCGCGACCCUCGUGCAAGCAACGGUCGGAGACGUAUUCAAGAGCCGCGUGCAAAAUGUACUCAAGGACAGCACAGGCGUGUUUGGCGGCGCUGCGCUCGGGCUGUUGGCGACGCUGAACCCCAAACAACUUCGGGAUCACAUGGCAAACCAGCUGCAAGCAACACUAGGGAAGAAGGUGCCCGGCGGGUAUCUUUCGUCCCCGCCGACAUCGAAUCCACGCACGUCGACGACAAAUGCCGCGAUCGCGACACAACCUAAAGGAGCCAGUGGCGCGACUGGAAUGACCCUUGUGUUGGCGCCGCCCGUAACCAUGAACAGCUUGGACGCGAUCGUGCAGUACUUGGCACAACUCCAAGCGUCGUUUGAGCAAGAAGUGGCCACCACGUUUCCGAACCACCCCCCUCGCAUGACGUCUUGCUUGCUGGGGCUGGAAGAAACCGCAAGCGAGUACAAGGCGCUCCUCUCGACGUACCACGACACGGUGAUUCAAAGCAUGUUCCAGCCCAAAGUGGCGUCCACCGUCGCGCCGCUGUUCAAGCGCAUCUCAUAUGACCUUACGGAGGUUCAAUUUACUGCGAAUGAGGCGAACGACCCAUUCGUGCACGCUCUCGUGCAAGCUGUCGCGACGUGGGUCGAGCCGUUCGAGGCGCACUUGUCGAGAACCAACUUUGCUACGUUGAUGGAAGGCGCGGCGGACGUCGUUGUCGACACCGUUAGCGCCAUGGUGUGGACGAAAUCGUUCAACCAGCUGGGUGCGUUGCAGUUGGAAAAGGAAGUGCGCGUCCUCGCGGGGUACUUUGGAGCCAAAUGCCACCACAGCACCAGACACGACCAGACGUUUGCCUCGCUGCGUCAAACUGUUCUGGUCUUGACUGUGGACUCCCUGGACGACAUCGUUGACGUUGUUGGGCGGCCGACGAAAGGUGUCGAGUGGAAGGUGCCGAAGGAACGGGUCACCGACUUGCUGCACUUGCGAGUGGAGUUUAGCACGGCUGCCGUCGCCGCCAUGAAGGUCUAGCUCGUGCCCGUCGAACUGCCACCUAUCGUUGAACUGCUUUAACCACCCUCCUCUGACUGUGAUACCCGACUGAUCAGACCGUCGAGACAUUGUGCCUGGCGAUGCGUUCAAGAAGGCGUCGACGCCGACACCUGAAAAAUGCUUCUCGCUCGGUCUGGAUGGAGUUGGCAAUUGGACCCCGUACUAGGCUAAGCUGCACAGAACGCUAAUCGAAAUACAGCGUGGGACACUCUUGCAGAAGUCAUCGGUCAUCCUGCAGAACAAGAUGUGUG